GAUUUGCUGAAAACUCUCAUCUUAGAUAAAUCUAACUGUCACGUGGCGACUGAUACUUACACUAUGACAACACUAUAGCAGGAUCUAAAGAGUACAAUAACCAUAGGAUUUUUUUAUUUAAUUUAAACAAUUAUAACGUUUGAAUGUCCUUUUGUAUAGUGCUCUGCAAUUGUCUUAGAUAUAUUCACAUACGCACACACAUCAUAUCAAAUGUAUAUAUACACACACUCAUGAAUUUGCUCUUUGUAUAUUUGUACUUUUAGAAGAAGUUGCAUGUCAUAUUGUUGAUUAGAGGAGCUGAAAUUUCUAACCCAAGUUCAAUCUCAAGUAUUAGACACCAGUGGCAGUAGCAUAUCAUGUUUCGUCGCAAGAGCCAUCCCCAGUGUGAUCAGGAGGGUCAUGAGGAUCAACUGCACAAGGUGAAGGAGCUUAGGACUUCCUUGGGCGUGGCACUAUCAGGACGCAACUUACAAUACUGCAAUGAUGCAUGUUUAAGCAGGUAUUUGGAAGCGCGGAAUUGGAACGUUGAUAAAGCAAAGAAGAUGUUGGAAGAGUCCCUAAAAUGGAGGUCAAGUUUUAAGCCUGAAGAGAUCCGCUGGCAUGAAGUUGCAAUUGAAGGUGAAACGGGGAAAGCUUUUAGGGCAAAUUUCCGUGACCGCGAUGGGAGGACUGUCCUUAUCCUGAGGCCGGGAAUGCAGAACACGACAGUGCUAGACAACCAGAUGAGGCAUUUGGUGUAUCUGAUAGAGAAUGCAAUUCUUAAUCUUCCACAAGACCAAGAGCAAACGUCAUGGUUGAUAGACUUCACAGGAUGGUCUUUAACCAAUAACGUUCCCAUCAAAUCUGCUCGUGAGACGGUUAAUAUUUUGCAGAAUCACUAUCCUGAAAGGCUUGCUAUAGCAUUUCUGUACAACCCUCCGCGAAUUUUUGAAACAUUUUGGAAGAUAGUCAAGUAUUUCCUGGAUCCGAAAACAAUGCAGAAGGUCAAAUUUGUUUAUCCAAAGAACAAGGAAAGUGUAGAGCUGAUGAAAUCAUACUUUGACAUGGAUAAUUUACCAACUGAAUUUGGAGGAAAAACAAAUUUGAAGUAUGAUCAUGAUGAGUUUUCAAGGCAAAUGGCUCAAGAUGAUGUGAAAGCUGCAAAGUUUUGGAGUUUUGAUAAGCACCCCUCUGAAACUAAUGGCUAUUCUGCAGCUGAAGUUGCUCCAAAGACUCAGUGUCUUGCUCCACCAGUUAUAGUUUAGAUGCUUUGCUGGAGUUACUUUAAAUAAAUGAUUAGCAAAUGUAAGUUUUUUAAGAAUUUGCAUUUUAAAGAUUAGGCGAUAAACGCUAGGUGAUUUCUAUUCAUUUAUUUAAUUCUUGGUUGACCGAGUUAUCUGGUGCUCUAUGCUGUUAGAAAAUAGCAAGUAACCGAGUAGAUUUCUUUUCGUUUA